ACUAAACUAUAAAGAACGUCUAUAUGAAUUGGACAUUCAAUCGUAUUGAUGGCGAUGGCGAUCUGCAUCAACGGUUUCGAUGAGAUUUCGACGGUGGGAUCCGGGGAGAGUAAGAGUCGGAAACGAGAAGGAUAUACCGAAUCUUCAUCAGGACUACGGUACUAGAAAGCAAAGGAAAGAACAAGACGAUUUCAUUCGAGGGGAUCUGUCAGGAUUGAGUGGGUUUCGGGGGAUUUUUGAGAAGAUCGGGAUUGUUUGGGGCUGCGAUUUGUUAACGGAAUCUACGGAUCUCGGGUCUUCAAUUGGUGGUGUUUUUGAUAAUCAAGAUGGUGUUAUCGGGCUCUGUUUCAAAAACGAGGCAAGAUGGUAUAUGGUUCUGGUAUCGGUUUUGGAGAUGGUACUGCGUUUGGUCUCAUCAAACCAAAUGCAGAUUGACUCUAGCUGCUACAAUGAGGAUCAUGUCAGGAUUAUGGGCUUAUUUUAUCAUCAGCUUUGUGGUCAGGACAAUAACCGAUAUAAUGGUGAUGCUUUGAGUGCACAAUGGUCAACUUCAAAGCACUACCAGGCAAAGAGUGUAAUGGUUUUAAUGAGAAAAGACUUAUGGUCUUAUGGAGCAUAUUAGUUGCAUUUUGGUUAUGGUACUGUAUGGUCAAAGCAUAUAGAUAUUAUACAGAUCAACUUGUUGGCAAAGUUUGGGUACAUGUAAUGGUGAACAUAAUGGGCUCUUUAGUCGUACGGUAUUUUGUCU